CAAAAGAUUAUGAGACCUCAUGGCUGCUAGGUUGAGCAUCUCCCUAAGCAGUUCCCACAUCAUUGUCUGAUUAGUGUCUAAAAUACAACCAACCAACCAACCAAACCACCACCCAGCCAUCUAUCGAAUUUUCCCACCACACAUCUGCCCACCAAACUUCACCCUUUCACCCAGGACCCCAAGGACUCAUCAACAUCUACCAUAGUCGUCCUUACUAUGUUACCGUGGCCAGAUUUAUCUCCGAUCGUCUCCUUCGUGACGGAGGGCUGAAGCUGUCCACUCGCGAAGAUUUCCCUACAUGGAACGACAGCAUCAUGUCCGCGUUGACCUAUGCCCGAGUUCGUUACUACAUAGAUUUGCCUUCGCCCCAGUCUACCGUUGAAUGUCCCAUGGACUCCCUAGGCUCUAGCAAGUCUACCGAAACCGCCCCAGGUACCUUUGAUGUGGAUAUUGAUCAACUCAUCCGGGAAAGCAUUAGAGAGGAGACCCUCGUCAUUUCCCUCCUCCGUCCCACGCAAUUAUAGUCAUUACACCACUGCUGCUACCCAUAUGCCGCUUUGGUCCGUGACUUUGGCGAGUUGGUCCUGAACAGCUAUACUCUAAAGUAUGCGCCCUUGUUGACACAGUAUGCACUGCGGACACCGAUAUUGCCACGUGGCUUGGGACCAUGGGCUCUCUGGCUCGCGAUCUCACAGCAAUGGAACUCACUGUCGACAAAGUACUCUGUGCACUCUACCUUCGCAGCCUUCCUUCCCGGUUUGACACUUUCGUCACCUCUGUGCUAUCUGGUACCUCCAAUCUGUCUGACUCCAACCUCAAAUCUGACGUCUUGCGCGCUGCUAUCCUCAACUUUUAUACCGCUCAAAAGCGGGGUGGUUCUACUCAAGCCCUCCCUGCUCAGGGUCCGUCUGUUCGCUAUCCUUGCCAUAUUUGCCGUGCUCCCAAUCACUGGGCGACUGAUUGCCCUCAGGAAAACAAGAAAACUAGUGGUCAGCGCCGACAUCGCAAGCCCACUGCAUCUGUCUCCUCCAUUUCCGCUGCUGAAUCGUCCGUUGGUCAUGGUCAGAUCGCUGUCGCGUCUCCCAAGGCUCUCGUCACCAUCUUCAAUCGUCUUACUACAACCGGUCGGCCCCUCUUUAUCCAGCACCCACUGCUCUCUCAAUGUGCCUCUUGAGUGGAUUCUGGACAACGGUGCAUUUGAAAGCAUGACCGGUGACCGAUCCUGGCUACAAGACCUUCACCGCAUGGCCAAUGGCGGUUCAUUGACUGCCAAUGAAGCGGGCACAGCUGUUUUCCUCAACCACCGUGGCGCACAGAUUCAACUGAGUCAUGUCCUGUUGGCUCCUGGCUUGCGCUUUAAUUUACUGUCGACGACCGGGAUCAUGACCGCUGGUGUUCGAGUCUCCAUGGCGGAUGGCCACAGUGACUUUCUCUAUCAUGGCGAAUCUGUUCUGCGCGCGCGCUUGGGCAACAACAGUUGGGUUCUCGGUGUGUGCCGUCCGCCUUGUCCUCCCUCCAGUCAAUUGAUUUCUCUUCCGGCCGUCAUUGACCCAACCUCGCCUCCCGCUUUCGUCCGGGUAAGCGUCGUGAGUGCCCCGCUUGACAUCUGGCACCGACGCCUCUCCCAUCUCUCUGUUGAACUGGUAUUCAUUCAGCACCUUCGUACAAACAAUCUCAGAGAGCAGUGUACAAUAUAGUGAUGCGGAAAGACCAGAAAGCUACAAAAGAGAUAUCUAAACGAGCAGCUAGACUAACUCCGUCACUCUCGUUGCCCUCUCUUCGUCGCCUGCUGUCCGACCUCAGUGUCGGUGGUCGUCUUGUCGCUGGGCCAUCGCCUCUUGUCUGCCAAGGGUGCGUGCAAGGGAAAAUCACCCCUCCUCCCUUCCCAUCCAGCGAUUCCCGUGCUGACUCUCCUCUUGCUCUUGUGCACACAGAUAUUUGUAAUGGGUGUCCAGAGUGAGGGCCAGGCUCGAUAUAUGCUGGUGUUAAUGGAUGACUGGUCUCGAUAUACCUGGGUGUAUUUCGUUAGACACAAGAGCGAUGCAUUCUCCUGCUUCAUGCGCUGGCUGCCUGCCGCGUGUCGAACGCAGCUCUCAACGUCAACUUCGCACUCUGCGACCUGACAAUGAUGGAGAAUUUGUCAAUGCUGCGUUUUCUGAGUACCUGGCCAUGCGUGGGAUUCGCCACGAGACGACUGUUCUCUAUAGUUCACAACAAAAUGGAGUUGCUGAACGUGCCAAUCGUACUAUCGUCGAACGAACGUUAAUCGCGCGCGCGUGCGCAUCUGAGGCGGCUGGCAUUGCUAUUGUCCCUUCUUGUUGCUUGUUGGGACAUCUGUUCGUAGGAAAAUGAGGUCAUGCAUAAGAUAUUCUAGUAUGACCAGAUAUACUGCUGGCUUUUCUUCGCUGCAUGUUUGGCCUCUUGUAACCAUACAGUAUAUCAGAGAAUAUAUGAUAUGUACACAGGUAAACCUCCUUGCACGAAGAAUGGAAAACAUGAAACUCGUGCCU